GUGUGCGUCAAACAGUCCGUUUCCAUACCAUUCCACAUGCGCACUCCCUCAUAAUAAUAUAAUCUAUAUCGUUCAAGGUUAUUACGCUCGACCAGUGGUUUGUAAGAUGGCAAAAGAUUAUCGGAGCAUUAACUGCGCAUCCAAACGACUCUGGUGAGUACAGUUAGAUUGAAAUACUGAGAGUUUGGGCUGAGCGUUGCAUUAUCAAUACAAGAUGCUUGGUGUCACCACAGUGUGAUUGACCGAGAGCGCACAGCAGCUGUGGAGAGGUGGAGAUCCUGCUGCGCUGUGCUGACGCGCGUCUGUGGACACGUCCGGGUACCACGCCAGAUAUUUCAACUUCAUUCAUUGCAGUUCUUGGAGACCAUAUCGACGCAUUCCCACCUCUCCAGACGCUCCUGACUCACUUGUAGCUGCGCUCUACUUAUUGCGCGCUGCGUUGCGCACUGUGAUAAGGCUCGACGCGCACCAUCAUUCGUUUGGAUUUUCGAAUCGUGUCCUACCGGUGGAUUGCUUUCGUCGGAGUUUGUCUCUGAAGCACGAACAGAGGUAGGGGACGAGAAUAUCCAGCAGAUGUAGCAUUUGAUGAAUACCUCUUCACUGACAACCAAGUUUAUGCGCGUCUGGAAAAGGAGCUACGACGGUUUGAUUUUGUGGUUCUGCCUAAUAACUGGUUAUUUUACCAGAAAUCAAAUGAUUUGACUCACUCCACAAAGCGCAUUUUACUUUUCUCAAAAAAUGAACUUCCAGGAUUUUGUCUCUUUCCUUUUUUAUAAGAUGCUGAUGGUCUUGGAUUUGGAAACGCCGGAAAUUUAUUAUUGAGGCUUUCUCUCUCAAUGCAUUCCGGAGGACAUAAUCACAUUUAUAGGAAAUAAGCGUCUUGAAAUCCGCACUGGGCUGUGAGAAGAAAUCUAAUCAGAUCGGACGCGUUAAGUGGGAAGAAAACGUUGAGAAAGUUCAAUUUUAAACCUUGGCUGUGGAAUAAGAGCAGCACCCCUCUAUACCGAUGCUCUACUAAAGAUUGGAAGGGAGAUGCGGGGAAUGGUUAGUCUCAGGGAUACGACCCUGCUAGAUGCUUUCGGGUGCAUUAGCUGAAUCUAAAAACCGAAAUUUGUUUUUACGCGUCAAGAAUGACUCAUCAGACCGGAAAAACAACGAAUGAAUUUUGAUUAAUCAGCAGGAAAAGACUUGGAUUUGGAUGAUGCACAGAGAGGUUGCAUCUGAAUAUCUGCUUUAGUCCACAUGCACUUGCGUGCGCGCGUUUGAGCGCCGCGUCUAUAAUGGUAUUGGUAGAAAGACCGAAUGGAUUUAUGUGGUCGAAUUUCUUCUCAUAGAAGAUUGUCAAUGCGAAACUGUUGAAGGAUCGUGUCGCUUUCGUGCGCUUUCUGCUUGGAUAGCCCGAACUACCCGCUGAAGAACAUUUCCAUCGCAUCGUGCCAGAAUCGCGGAUGGAUUUUCGUUGCGGUUCCCGUUUGGAAGGGAACAGAUCGGAGCUCUCCGUGUUUUUGCCUGCGAUUUGAGCCGCGUAAACGUUACGCCUGGAGAAAAGGCCGCGCCAGCCAGCGAAACCAAGCGUGAAGAUGUCCAGAAACUGCUGGCACUGUGGAAGACUUGGCAGUUUGGCCUAAUAAAACACGUCCCAAAGAGUGGAGAACCUGUCAACGAAUUAUGAAUGAUAAACAAGAUGACCUCCUCCCUGAUGCAGCAGACGAUGAGAGGUCCUAGGUGGAACCGGGCCCUGUCCGACCCAUUGUUCGUGCUGUUGCUUGCCCUGCAGCUUCUGGUGGUGGCUGGCCUGGUGCGAGCGCAGACCUGCCCCUCCGUCUGCUCCUGUAGCAACCAGUUCAGCAAGGUCAUCUGUACGCGACGUGGCCUUCGAGAUGUCCCUGACGGCAUUUCCACCAACACGAGGUAUCUGAACCUUCAGGAAAACCUCAUACAGGUGAUCAAGGUAGACAGCUUCAAGCACCUGCGACACCUGGAGAUACUACAACUCAGCAAAAACCAUAUCCGCAACAUUGAAAUUGGAGCCUUCAAUGGGCUGGCUAACCUCAACACACUGGAGCUUUUUGAUAAUCGACUGACCACAAUCCCCAAUGGGGCUUUUGAGUACCUGUCCAAACUUAAGGAGCUUUGGUUGAGGAAUAAUCCUGUAGAAAGUAUACCUUCCUAUGCCUUCAACCGCGUACCGUCACUGCGAAGGCUGGAUUUAGGUGAGUUGAAAAGGUUGUCGUAUAUUUCAGAAGGUGCUUUCGAAGGCCUGAGCAACCUGCGUUACCUGAACCUGGGCAUGUGCAACCUGAAAGAGAUUCCCAACCUGAUUCCGCUUGUCCGGUUGGAUGAGUUGGAGAUGUCGGGAAACCAGCUCUCUAUAAUAAAGCCGGGGUCCUUCAAAGGCCUCAUUCACUUACAGAAACUGUGGAUGAUGCAUGCACAGAUCCAAACGAUUGAGAGGAACGCCUUCGAUGACCUUCAGUCCCUUGUAGAGCUCAAUUUGGCCCACAAUAACCUUACCCUCCUGCCCCAUGACCUGUUCACCCCACUGCAUCACUUGGAGAGAGUACACUUGCACCACAACCCCUGGAAUUGCGACUGUGACAUCCUGUGGCUUAGUUGGUGGCUUAAAGAAAUGGUACCGGCUAAUACCAGUUGCUGUGCUCGCUGUGCUUCACCUACUAGCCACAAGGGGCGAUACAUUGGUGAACUAGACCAGAACUAUUUCCAUUGUUACGCACCUGUGAUUGUGGAGCCUCCAGCUGACCUGAACGUGACCGAAGGCAUGGCAGCAGAACUGAAAUGUCGAGCAAACUCUUUGACCUCAGUCAGUUGGAUCACACCCAACGGCUCAAUCAUGACACACGGGGCUUACAAGAUUCGGAUUUCUGUACUCAAUGAUGGGACGUUAAACUUCACCAAUGUUACGAUGCAGGACACGGGAACUUACACUUGCAUGGUGAGCAACUCCGCAGGCAACACGACAGCCUCGGCCAUACUCAAUGUGUCCUCUACAGAAAAUGGUGGCGUCAGUUACUUCACUACAGUUACCGUCGAGACCACGGAAUCGUUGCACGAAGAGGGCCACCCGACGGUUCAGCAGAAGGGAGGUCCCACCCCCUCCUCUGGAAUUUGGGAGACCUCACCACCUUCCUUCACCACAACCACCACCACUACAGCAAGGACUUCGCUGUCCACCAAGGCCACCGACAAGACCUACACCAUCCCUGUCACAGCCACGAUCGAUGGCUCUCUCCACACCCUUGACGAGGUGAUGAAGACCACCAAGAUCAUCAUCGGCUGCUUCGUGGCCAUCACUCUGAUGGCGGCCGUCAUGCUGAUAAUCUUUUAUAAAAUGCGCAAACAGCAUCACCAGCAGAACCAUCACGCACCAACGCGAACCAUCGAGAUCAUCAACGUAGAUGAGGACUGCGUAACCGGUGGACCUACCAUGGAGGGUCACUUGACCCUCCCUCCACUCGAGCAUGAGCACCUGAAUCAUUACAAUGCUUACAAGACUGCAUACAACCACGCAUCCACCAUUAAUUCUAUACAUAGCUCCGCCCACGAACCUUUGCUAAUUCGGGCCAGUUCGAAAGACAAUGUACAAGAGACCCAGAUCUGAACUGCUUUUCAUAAUACUGGGAAUACAAGGACAAAAAAGACCUCCAAAACAAACUCUUUAAGGAACAGUAUGUGACGUAUUGAUUUUCAAGAUUGUUUGAAAACAAAGACACAGUAGAGCGAUGCAAGACAUGCAAAAAGAGCCUGGUAGAAAACCAAUGGACACUGAGAGUGAGUGUAUGUCAACAGUUUCAAAAGUGUCUUUACAUAACAGAAGUUAUUUAUUUAAGGAAAAAAAACUAUUGUGGUUUAAUCGAGAAAGAUGUAAUCUGCAAUUAUUUUUCCAGUAAUUAUUUCUCCAUGUUUUUAAAUGUUAUUUUAAGGGUUGCUGGUUUACUAAUAUGCUUUUAAACUCUGUUAAAGUCCUGUUCUGUAUGUGAGGAUCCAAUUAUUGCAGCUGAAUCUAAAAUGUUGAGGUUAGAAUAUAACAUUGCCACACCCCAUAACUGACAUCAUCAAUUAACAUCUUAAUCAGUGAAAUUCGAAUCCCUUUAAAUUUUAAUUCAACCAUAUCAUCUUAUUCACAUGUGUCUGCUUCAUAGGCUAAUUUAUGCAGAUUUGGCUUCUUCACCCGUUGCCAAUGUGUCUCUGUUAACUCUUUCCCCACCAGUGUUUUUUUUAAAUUUGCCAGUCAGCGGCAGCAUUUUUACAAAAGUUUAAUGCCUUCCAGAAAAUGUUCUACUUUAUAUAUAUAAACAUACAAUAUAUCAAAUGAAAGAACAGAGGGAAAAAAAAACGUUUCAUGCUAUCUUCAUGUGUUCUCUUUUUAUCACCUCUCAAAUAUGGGUAGGUUUCUUCAAAAAUACCAAAUUUAGGGGAAAAAGCGGAAAUAGUUACAUUUUUGUGAAGGACUUUUGUUAGAGAUCAGAUCAGAACGAUUAUCAAAACAUACACAGAGUUUUUACUAUUUUUGAAACAGUGGAUGCUUCAGUGUUUAUAAGUUGGGUAAGAGUGCCACCAAGUGGAUAAUAGUGGAUGUGCGGAUUGCCGUAAAAACUUGUCAUUUGGCAAGGAAGCGUUUUCUCUUAACUGACAAGAUAACUCGUCAAUGGCGGGGAAAGAGUUAAAAGGGCAAGCGGGACAAUUCCAAAAAUUGUCAACAAAAUUUCACAUGAUUCUUCGUUUCUACUUUAAAUAAGCUACUGUAAAUGGAAGUACUCGAAGAAUUUAUGCAAAUAAGAUUUCAAAACAAGAAAAGCCGACAACGGGAAAACACAGAAAAGGGCUGAACAUCAUAGAACCAUAAAAAGUAUGCAAAGCCAGCACCACUGAUAUAUCAAAGGUUUUACACUUACGUACACAGCCGUUUUUAUUAUAGUAAAAGGAACAUUUUUGUUUUGAUAACCAUAAGACAGGGUUUACUACAAAAAUCAUGUUUAAACUAUGGUAAGUGUAGCAAAACUGGUAAAUUUUGCGCUUUCAUUACCACUAGAUUUUGUUUAACGGAUAGUUUAACUGAAAAUGAAAAGUCUGUCAUCAUUUACUUCAAAAUCUGUAUACGUUUCUUCUUUUAAAUGCAAAAAAUUGAUAAAUGAUAACCACAAAGUUAAUGGCACUCAUAAUCUUUUUUCCUACUAUACACUGCAAAAAAUGAUUUUCAAAAAAAAAAAAAGCUUAGUCUUUUUGGCAUGUUUUCAGUAAAAAUAUCUAAAAGUUCUUAAAUGAAGAUGCUUUGUCUUUAUGAGAAAGACGACCCAAGAAAAUAAGUCUAGUUUUUAGACCAAAAAUAUCAAAUUUAAGUGAUUUUGUGCAGAA